GGUAUACUGGAAAUGCCUCAGAUGUAAAUAAUUACUUCAAUGUCAUGGAAGACUUAUAGUUCAAACACUCACUGGAAUUCCAGUGACAAUGUGGAAUGCGAGAGAGGCAAAGGAUACAAAAACAAAAACGAAUGCUUAUUUAAAGCAUAUUUCACUGCAAACUUGUGAUAAAAAAGGCAAUGCAAGGAACUCAAUAUCCCAACAAGCAAACAAUAUCCCUGUUGUACGUGCAUCUAAACCACGUCAUAAUGUUCGUCAAAAUGACAUAAGAAACGCUUGUACAAAACACUUGACCAGAGAGUGUGACCAUUUCUCUAGUGAAGUCCAUGUAGACAAACAACUGGAUGAAAGACCUGAGGCAAAGUGCUUCAAAGACUGGAAGAAAGAACAAUUAAAAGUUACUGGAAAUCAAGUUACAGAGAAGUGUGACUUUUCCAAAUUGACAUUGAGGAAACCUCAACUCAGACAAAAUGAACUGUUAAAUGAGGUAUCUGAGGUUAAAUGUUAUGAAGACCAGAAGCAGAAAGAAUUAAAAGUGAAUGAUCAAGAGAAGAGUAACUUUUUUAAAUUGACUUUGAGGAAAGCCCAAGUUAGAUUGGACUUUCUAGAAAAAUAUGAAAGUGAAAAGCUAAAAACUUUACUCUCACCAAGUCAAAAUAUUGAACAUGUAAGCAGAUCUGAUUUGUUUACCCAGUCCCCACAGUUAAUACCAUACAAUCAAGAGCAGGUUGUAUACAUGAUGCACUCAGAAAAGCCCUCGUCAGGAUCUUGACUACCAUGUACAGCCCCCAGAAUUUCAGAAAGAUAGCGGCUUUCAAGGAAGCAAUGCUGCACCAGAUCAACCUCAGGCAAAUGCCAGUGACCCAAAAGAAAGUUUUUAUGACACCUAUGUGUCAGAUGGAAAAAUACAUUCUCCAACAGGUGAACAGAAUAGGGAGGAGGAAGAAGUCCGGCAUAUCGAAGACAGACAAAAUGUGGAGGUAGAGGAGCAAACUGUGGAGAGAGAUGAUCCACUUGAGGAGCAAAUUGAGGAGACUGUUGGAGGAAAUGCUCUCUCAACCCAAUAUGAAUCUGUGGAAGGUGCUCAAGCUCUCGAACACUGUCAACCAGAGGACAUGUUGUAUUUAACAGCUACAAAUGAGAAAUGCUCACAUUAUCCUGUUGACAUCAACUCUCUCACAGACCUCUACACUGACGGAGAUAGUUAUAAUGAUGGUUCUGGUAGUCAACACGAUGAGGAUAAUUCUUCUCAUGAGAAUGAACAACCGAGGCUAUCUACACAAGGAGAGCAACCAAGGCUAUCUACACAAGGAGAGCAACCAAGGCUAUCUACACAAGGACAACCAAGGCUAUCUACACAAGGAGAGCAAACAAGGCUAUCUACACAAGGACAACCAAGGCUAUCUACACAAGGACAGCAACCAAGGCUAUCUACACAAGGAGAGAAAUCAUGGCUAUCUACACAAGGACAACCAAGGCUAUCUACACAAGGAGAGCAACCAAGGCUAUCUACACAAGGAGAGCAACCAAGGCUAUCUACACAAGGAGAGCAACCAAGGCUAUCUACACAAGGACAACCAAGGCUAUCUACACAAGGAGAGCAACCAAGAGCACCAGAAGAAUUUCAACUAUGGCCUCCACAAGGAGCUAAAGCAAACUCACCAACACAAGGAAAACAAUCAGGAUCUCCGCAAGUAGCUGAUCAAGCAUGGCCUCCACAAAAAGAUUUAACAAAUGUGUUAGAGGCAGGGCAUCAAGAACAACUGUUGCAGCAGUGUUCACAUGAGGUUAAAGGAGGGGAUAAAGAUCUAGCCAGACAGUUCCUAACCCGUCUCAAGAACAACACUAAAUUACUUUCAUCACACUGUGGUGUUAUAGUGCGCAGGGUAGGUGUCCUUAUCAUGGAUGUGGGACAUUACUUAUUAUGAAUACUGGAAAAUUAUAACUGGACUAGCUACUGAACUCGACUCAGUAAUUAUAAUCAAUCAUAAAAUG